AUGCUCUCAGGUGAUGCAGCAUUCGUCGCUCUGGUGGCUGCUGAUGCUGGACUUGACACUGCAACGUACAGGAAGUGGGCAGUUGAGCAGAUCAACUACAUCCUCGGGGACAACAACUACGGCAUCAGCUACCAGAUCGGCUUCGGCUCCAAAUACCCGAGGAGUCCUCAUCACAGAUCCGCUUCCUGCCCCGACCGUCCAGCUCCCUGCACAGAGGCCAACCUACACGCUUCCGGUCCCAGCCCCCAGCUCCUUGUGGGCGCCAUAGUGGGAGGCCCUGGUAAAGAUGACUCCUACAAGGACAACAGGGAGGACUACGUCCACAACGAGGUAGCCUGCGACUACAACUCAGGGUUCCAGUCUGCUCUAGCUGGUCUCACUCAUCUUGUCAACACCAAGGAGCUGCCAGCCAUUCCCGCACCAAAGUGUCAUGGUUAAAAAUAUUUUUCUGUGAAUAAAAAAUAUUCAUUGAAUUGUCCAUGUACUGUUGUUAAGUUAUGGUCGAUCGGUAUAAAUUUGAAAAAAUUAAUGACGUAAAGGCACGAAAGAUCACAUGAAAAGCUUAUUUCAUAGGUUCUGGUAAACAUUUGCUAUUGUA